AAAAUGGCAGUACGCAGAAUGUUUUAUUUCACUCUUGUGGUCUUGAUAAUUCUUCUCGUAUUUGUCGUUCACAAACCUGUGAAUGGCAUCAGCUGCUACGUGUGUUCUUCCAAGAAUGGAAGUGACAUCAACUGUGAGGACCCUUUCCACCCUGCGCUCUCCACCUAUGCUGAGAACUGCCAGGUACCCAAGGAGCGUCACAUCGGCCAGUUUCCCGCUAACUUCUGCGUCAAGAUCAUCGGCACUUCCGCUGCCAGGGGAGAGUCACUCAUGAUCAGGACUUGUGUGCUAGAGAACAUGGACUCCCAGUGUGGUGUCUUCAAGUUUGGUGGUGAACAACUGACGGGAUGUAUACUGACGUGCAAACAUGACGGUUGUAACCCAGCACCUCACUCAUCCCUGCCCUUCUUGCCCAUCUUUCCUCUAGUCGCCUCCUUCGUCUUGGUGUUGCGUUGAUCAUCCUCUC